CAAAGCAGAAAUUCUUACUCCGGAUUUUCAAAAAGGAUAAAAUAAAUAAAUAAAUAAAUAUUAGUUUUUUCAAGCAUCGAAACGGCGUAGAAUUCCUGCGCUUUAUAGCGCGAGUAAACGGCGUGUUAAAUCGGUUCCCGCGCAAUUCCCUCUUUUUACGAUGGAUAAUUGAUGAAUUAAACCUAGAUCAAAAUGGAAGGAGGACAUGGAAGCGAUGCGGAGAGAGAAGAGGACGAUUCCGUAAGCGAGCUGCUUCGAGACCGAUUCAGGCUCUCGACCAUCUCUAUCGCUGAAGCUGAAGCAAAGAAAAUUGGAAUGGACAUAUCUGAACAGAUAAUUGCUUGCAUCUCCGAUUUAGCCUUCAAAUAUACAGAACAACUGGCAAAGGACCUUGAGCUUUUUGCACAGCAUGCUGGUCGUAAAUCUGUGAACAUGGAAGAUGUCAUACUUUCCAAAAAUUCGAAUAGGUUUAUGGAGUUGUACAGGGAGAAACUCAUUUCUUAUCAAAGUCGAUCUCUCUGUCCUUAUCCAUGUCAAAAGAGCUCAUAGAAACGAGCAUCUAGCUGCCUCAAUGAGGUCCUUCUCCAAUGAUUUGAAAGCAAAAGAACCCCAGUCUGAGAAAAAAAGGAAGAAAAUGUUGAAGAAGGAAGACAAAGCAACUACAAGUACAGUACAUAUUCCUGAUAUUUAGGAAAUGCUUUAUGUUGACCUAGUGGAUCCAGCCUUUUGAUGAUCAACUUGCACAAGAAUGCAGGUGUGUAGUCCUCAACAGCUUUUGCCCUGCCAAAGUUAUUUUUCUUUUAUAGUUGAGACCUCUUUUGCAAACCUUGAAUUCACCCAUGCUAUUGAUGAAUAACUCAUCGACCUCUUACAUUAAUUACAUAUUGGCUAAAAUUCUCUUACUGAAUGAUACUUGCAAUUUCUCCAUCUAUUUUGUCUCAAGGAAUUCUUGCAUUGCAGAAGGUGAGGGAACUCAAAUUCGGGUAUAGAAAGUCUCUUAUCUCUAAUCUAAUACUCAGUAUGUGCACUGUUGUUGCAAGUUUGAAUGCCUUGAAUUACCCAAUUUUUGGGCCAACGCCAUACAUUUGCAGUAAUAUAUAUUCUGUUCUGGCCUUUCUAUUUUUGAUUUGUGCCCCUUGCCUAAUUCUUGCUUUGGGCCUAGGCAGGGAGGUAUUGUGAUCGUGUCAGCGUCCAGGGUCCAUCACUCCACCUAAUGAAAGGGAAAAUGAAAUCAUUAUGAACCAAUGUACUUUGGUUGUGCAGUCAAGGGGAUGGCCAUUAGAAAAUGCCAACUUGAUUUUUUGGUGACAAGAAGUUGUCACCUUGACAAGGCCAACAGUAAAACAAAACACUUACUUCUGUUCACAUGAUGCAACUUGCGUACUCUCUAAAACAAUUUGGAAUCAAACUUCCAUGAUGAUAUGAAAUUCCCGUGAAAGAAACUUGUAAGUACUAAUAUCAUAAUGGAAAAUUAUAUAUAUUAUAUUUGUUACCUAAUUUCUUUCCUAGGAUUUCCGACUUACAUGUACAUAAACAAUCAAAUUUCUUGUAAAAAUAAAAGUUAGAGGUGAAAUGGUUAA